AUGCAAGUGAAACUGUUCUACACUUUGGCCCUCUGGGCACCAAUUCUUGUGUCAGCUCAACUGUCUGGGUCUGUCGGGCCUCUCGUGGACUUCAAGACCAAAGCAAAGAAUAAAACCUGUGACAUCACCGACUAUGGCGCCGUUGCAGACGGCAAAACUGACGUUGGCCCCGCCAUUCUAGACGCCUGGGGUAACUGCUCAACUGGAGGUCUCAUUUACGUACCCCCAGGUACCUAUUCGCUUGCAACGGAUUUGGAACUCAAGCACGGUGAAUCCACUGCCUUCCAGCUAGACGGUGUAUUGGCACGCGGUCAUGAAGGCUCCUACCAAUUGAUCCUGGUGCGCAACUGCCAUGACUGCGAGUUUUUCAGUGGCAAUUCCCAAGGCGCGGUCCAAGGAUACGGGUAUGAAUACCUUCAAGACGGGAAUUACGGUGAACGACUCUUUCGCUUCCAGGAUGUCAGUGACUUCUCGGUCCAUGGCUUUGCUGCGAUCGAUUCCCCUGCGUAUUACCUUGUCUUCGACACCGUUUCCAAUGGGGAGAUCUACAAUCUUCUUGUGCGGGGAAUCGCUGAUCUAGGUAUGACGGACGCAUUCGAUAUAUGGGGCCAGAACGUAUGGGUACAUGAUAUCGAGGUUACUAAUGGCGAUGAGUGUGUGACGGUUAAGUCUCCAGCCUCGGACUUCCUAAUUGAGAACAUCUACUGCAAUCUGAGCGGGGGAACUGCCAUUGGGUCUCUAGGCACUGGCACCAACAUCUCCAAUAUCCACUACCGAAACCUUUACAUGAACCAGGCAGACGCCUGCUAUUUGAAGACCCACAAUGGUGAUGGGAUAGUCAAGAAUAUUGUCUGGGAAAAUGUCAUCGUGCACAGAGGCCCUUAUCCACUCGCUGUGAAUGAAGCCUGGGGUAAAGAUGUGGGCUCUACAGGUGUCCAGGUCCAGAAUCUGACUUUCCGCAACUGGUACGGCGAAAAUACCGCCAACAGCCGACCGGCGAUCCGAAUCGAGUGUGACGAGGAUGUCCCCUGCUACGAUAUCACCCUUGACAAUGUGAAUUUGUGGACAGAGGACGGAGACUACGUGGAAUGGUCCUGUGCCAAUGCGUACGGCUCAGGUGCUUGUCUACAAGAAGCGAAAGACACCGGUGAUCUAGCAACUUAUACUACGGCUGUUACCGUGACUGCGACGCCGUCUUACUCCGCUACACAUAUGCCCGGUGAUUUUACCACGAAUCCUCCGUCGACCGCUCCCUUUACCAUUCCACCCAUGCCCACCAGUUUCUAUCCCGGGGCAACUCCCAUUUCGACUCUGUUGAGUUUGAGUGGUGCAGGUGGUCUCUGA